GUCAGCCUCCAGCCGAAGCUACCUGGAGUGUCCUAAAAUUUCCCAUUCGAAAGCCUACAAAUGGUGAGAUUGAAAUAAAAAUGACACUGACUAUCCUUUUCUAAUAUUCUUAAGAUCGUGUGGUAGAAGUCUUACGUUUGAUUAUGUUGAGAUGACCAGGAUGUUUGAAGAUGAAACUCGUUGUUUUAGGGAACUGCUACCUGAUCGAUUCUCGAUUUGUUCGAACAGGCAUUUGUCAAAGUAAUCAAGAACAAAGCGUAUUUCAAGCGUUUCCAAGUCAAAUUUAAGAGGCGACGAGGUCAGUUCACGUUUAAUUUAAAGGCUAUUUUUUAAGCAUUUGCGCAGUCGCUUUAGCGAAAGAAAAAAUUGUUUGUACGAAAUUGGAAAGUAAAGUCACAUGGCUGUUUUCCUGUUGUUAUUUUCAGAGGGCAAAACUGAUUAUUUUGCCCGCAAGCGUCUGGUGACUCAAGAUAAGAACAAAUACAAUACGCCAAAGUACCGCUUUGUUGUUCGCUUCACAAACAAGGACAUCACUUGCCAGGUUGGUAAAUCAAAGUUCUCUCCCAAGAGAGCUCGAAAUGAUAUGAAAUCUGAAAUUGGUUCUGUGGGGAACAUGUUGGCUUGGUUUCAGUGUUCUGGCCUCUGAGUAAAGUCUUUCCUUUAGUAUCUGAAACAGAUUGUGGGAUUUUCUUGAUGUAGUUGGAGUCAUAUGCAGAGUUGUAAGAGCUCUUAUAUCUUAGUGAAAAUAAAAAAUCAUAGUCGUGAGCAGUGGUGUCAUAAGUACAAGAAAAUUGGAGGUGUUAGAAUCGGAACAUUUCCGAUUCCUCUGGACUCUGGUGAAAACCAGAUUGUCACAGUUGCAAGUGGAAGGGGAAGAACAUACCAAUCUCAAUGCUUGCUCCUGUGCAUUGUUAUUUGCUUAGUUGUUCUGCUUCUGCUUGCCACUCUAUCAAUCUAGUGUUCAUCAGAGCAUUAGUGACAGAGUUGUUAGUGGAGAGGGAAUGUUGUUUUCACUUGAUCACAAUGCUCCAUGGUUGUGAUAAUGACUCCCACUGUGUCUGGUACCACUGUAGACCAGCCUUAAAAUAUGGGACAGUCAGGAAACUGUCAAAUCCCUGAUAGCCUUGGAUCUCCCAGGUGUGUAAACCAGGCUUAAACAUUUGCCACAGUUUUCAUUGUCUAAACUAUGUUAAAUCUUAGAAUUACUGUCAUAAAGAAGAACCACAAACUGUCCAGACUUUUAAGACUUAUCAUAAUUAAUCUAAUCGCAAUGUUACCAGUUUCUGAAAGUUCCCUUUGUAUCUCCUUUUCUUUAGCAAAGUGAACUCCAGCCCUAGAAAUGCCUCCAGAAUUAUAUUUUCGGCAAACCUAAAACUGUUAAAAUCCCUCUACAUUAAGACCACAAAAUUGAAUGGCAGCCUUGUACUAAUUUCAUUGUGAAGUUGUUCCUUUACUGUUUUGUUGUCUCUAAGCCUGCCUAAUGUCUAAUGGCUAUUUUGAUUGACUGUAUACUUCUCUGGUGAGCGGUUCUGUACACUGUAGGUCACUCACUUAUUUAGUAUGUAGUGAUCCCAAGAUUUCAAGAAAAACUUGCAGUAUUCAGGAGAAGGAACCAAACUGACUUCUCAGGGUAAAAGAAGUUUCUAAACCUUGUUAAUAAUGUGCUCUUUUCUCCUAUUACAGGUAGCGUAUGCCAAAAUUGAAGGGGAUGUUAUCAUCUGUGCUGCCUAUGCGCAUGAACUUCCCCGUUAUGGCAUCAAGGUCGGGUUGACCAAUUAUGCAGCAGCCUAUUGCACUGGCCUUCUGCUAGCACGUCGUGUAAGUAAAAUGCUUACAAUUUUAUUUGUCAUUAUAAGGUGCUACUGUUGUGGUGUAGAGUUACUAAGUUUGCCUCAAAGGGCGGCAUACUUUAGUUACCUUAAUGUUCAAAUUGAUACUUUUCUUACUAUUGCCUAAAAGAGGCCCCUUUUAUGACUAUCUGUGAGACAUUGGUAUUUUGAAAGUUAUUCUGUGAAAUUAUAAUAAAUCUAUGACUCGUAAAAAAUUUAUAAAGUUGGUUGAAUUGAUUGGCCGAGGUAAGAGAGUUGAAGAUGUUGUUUCAGGUACUGACCUGUCGUAUUUGUGGGUUGUGUGUGGUAAGUGAAAAUGUAGUCUUAGGGGCACCCAACGACAAUUUUUGGAAAAUAUCUGUUUGGAAAACAAUUUGAGAUCUAGAAUUCUCGGAACAUUUGUUGUAAAAUUUCUUGCUUGCCUGCCUCUCCUAGGAUUUUCUAACGUCUAAAAAAUGGUAUAAUUGCCCAUUUUUAACGGAUUUUUACCCCAAAAAGGUCACCUAGAAUUUUCGGGAGCCUUUUUUCUGGCUGAAAUUUUCAAAAAGGUAACUGUUGAUCACUAUAAUUUUUGGAUCACUAGACUUUCAGAUAGGAAAUUCGAACAGAUGAAAAAGUUUUAGGGGAUAAAAAUAUGCCUCUAUCGACCGUUUAAAUACUAAAAUACGUUCAACAAUGCUAUGCUUAAGUGGAUUUGAACUAUGUUCUCGUUGGGUGCCCCUGGUAGUCUGCGAAUACAGCUGUUUCUCUUCGCUCCUCAUCGCUGGCUUGGAUGUUUCGCCUGGAGGAAUAUCUGCGCCUCAGCGACAGAAAUUCCGUACUGAUGACAUAAAUCAAUGUUUACAUAUUAAGUCUGGUAGUCAUGGGUUUCCAAAAUAAUGUAAAUUUGUUUGAUUUUAUGUUUCUCCUGGUCGAUUAUGGUAAAGUUUUGUGUUCUACUGCGAACAAGCUCCAGCACUUGUAACUCAGAUGCUCUUUGUACAGAAGAAUAUAAAUUCCAGGAAUAUUGACUGUUUUGUAGUAGAUUUAUCACAUGUAUGAUCGUGUUUACAUUUGACCUUUGUGGCCUUUUGUGUUUUGUCUGUCGUUUGUAAACAAUAGGUAAAACAAUAUAACUAAUAUAUAGAUUUAGCCAAGUCCAAAAGCGAAGCUCUCGAGGGAUCUUUGUCAAGUAACUCAACUUUUGCCGUAAGCAGAAAGCAAACUGAAUUCUACAAGGCUCUGCUCUGGCAGAGCCAGGUGGCCCUUGGUGCCUAAUCUAAUCUCAGAUUUUUCAGAGAAAUCAUAUGCUGGGCACGCUAGAUUUUACAGGUUCAGAGCACUGUGCUUCCUUCAGUUUUUAGUAAGGCACAACCCUGUUCCACCUUAAAAGAAAAUAAACUUGAGCCCUGAUCAAUUGAAAACCUAAAACUGGUCAGCGGAUAUUUUUAAAAGAACAUGUCACCUCAGUGGAUAGCCUUUUUAAACAGCUGUCAGUUAUUGUCCGUAACAUGAAUGUCCAAUACCAUUUUUAACCCCUAGCUAGUCAGUGUGUCAUUUUACAUCUGCCAACAUGAAGGGGUGGAUGUACGUAGGUUGUUUGGACGAUUUUGUCAGAACCAAAAUUUUUUACAUGCAUAGAUAACCAAAUUUUCUUAUCCCUGGUUUUCCCCUGCAUGGGCUUUGCAUGACCAAUCAGAGCUUCUGAUCUGAUUCCAGACCAAUUUUGCGUCACCAGCAUGGAAUUUCUGUUGCUGAGGCACAGAUAUUCCUCCUGUUGAAACAUCCCUAGCAGCAAGGAGCAAGGCGAAAUGGCUGUAUUCACUGGCCAAUGAAGAUGUAAGGUUGUAAGAAUUGCAUAAUUUUACUACUGCAAUUAUAUUUUAAGAUAACCAAGUGCUGGGCGUGCUUGCCCAGGGCUGUUGCAUCCUUGUCUAAGUUUAUGAUUUACAUGUAGUUAGAACAUGACUUACCUAUUCCUUGGGCAUCAGGCAAGUGAGCCUGAAAAGUUAAAUGCUUAAUGGGAAAAUCUGUUGUUGAGGACAACUGGAAAUGGACUUUUCCUGUGCCCUGAAAGUGAAAAGCUAUUUACAGAAGAAUCAGUUUAGAUUACAUGCAGACAAAACUGUUUCUUGAUUUUUCUUUUUCAAAGGGUGUGCCAGAGUGUUACAUAAAUCAGUUUUAAAAAGACCAAUACAUAAAUUAUUUAAAUUGAAUUGAGUAUUUUUAUAUGUUUUGGAGGAGAAAAUUGGUUAGUGAGAGUCAAGAUUGGAAUUGGUGCUUUUCUUUUUCCAGUCUAAUGGUUAUGUUAUUCUUUUUUCUCUGUUAGUUGCUAACCAAAUUGAAUCUUAAUGAGAUUUACACUGGGACAGAAGAGGUCAAUGGUGAUGAAUACAAUGUUGAAAGUGUAGAAGGCUCUCCUGGUGCCUUCAGGGCUUUCUUGGAUGUGGGGUUGGCCAGAACAACCACUGGAGCCCGUGUGUUUGGUGCCCUUAAAGGAGCUGUUGAUGGUGGCCUGGAUAUCCCCCACAGGUAUGGAUUAUUAAAUUACGAUUUGUUGGCAUUCAUAGCAAUAUUACUUAGGCUACAAGGGUAUACACCUGUCAGAAGUCUGUUUGUGCACUUCAACGAAGAAUGUUAAAUGUGGUAAUUGUCAAACAAAUAAAACCAUGAACACCUGAAAUAUUUCAGGAAUGUUUAUUGUGAUGCAGCCAAUCAGAGCAAAGAUCAGAAAAUGUGAGCUAGCCACAAAACCACAAUAAACACGAUAAACAUUUUUAAAAUAUUUCUGGUGUUCACUGUUUCGCUUGGUUGACAGGACGUCUUUGAUUUAGAAAUAGUAGAAGGAGAAUUCUGAAUUUUCUUUUUUGUUUGUUUGGUUUUUAAUACCAGUUGUGAAGCAUGUUCUAAAGAAUAGGUGUAAGAGUAAUACACCUUCUAGUGCUUUACUCUUCUAAGUGCCAGCAUUUUAAAAGCACUCAGGCUAGCUAAUUUUCUAAAGCUACCCAAAUGGGCACUUGAGAUUCAAGAGGACAUCCUUGGUGACUGUUAGAGCUCAGUGAUGGUGUGUGAGAUUAUCUUAGUCAGUGGUUUCAUUAAAUAUUGAAGUAGUGAGCAGGGCUGAACAGAGUAACUGACUGUUUCAACAAGGGGCCAGUAGUCAACGUUUUCAAGGGGUGUCUGGGGGUGAGUUUUACAUUCAAGAAGAUUUGUGUUUAAGUCACACUGUUUAGCCACACAAUUAAUGCCUAUUAGCAAUGAACAAAUUAAUGAUAAUUACUAAGUUGCAAACAUUUUCGUGUUAACAAAUUCUAUUUCUGUCCAUGACAUUGUUCGAACUAGUUGCAUAUUAUUUGGGGAAAAAAGUAGCCGACUUCUCUGAGCAAUGUACAUGUAGCCGACGCAUUUUGUCGGUCGUCGGUGCUUGUUGAAACUCCUGUGUAAUCUUUUGUCUACAGCAUGAAACGAUUCCCUGGCUAUGACAGUGAGUCCAAGGAGUUUAAUGCUGAGGUCCACCGCAAUCACAUCUUUGGACAGCAUGUUGCCAACUACAUGAAGGAGUUGAGGGAUGAAGAUGAAGAGGCGUACAAGAAACAGUUCUCUCAGUACAUCAAGAAUGGAGUUGACCCAGAUCAGGUGACCAUCCAAUAGACAAUAUUAUCACAGCAUUACUUUUGAAGGCUUCAGUGAGGUUCUUCUUCAGUGAGGAAUGGGGCUACUAGUCUGGUCUUGAGUUAUAGUUUAAGAUGCCAAUUCAAUUUUAAGAAAGUCUCCUACCAUUAGUCUUGCGUUACAUGUCUGCAAUAGUGUUUGUUUAAAUGAAGAUAUGAUCAUCGCAGUGGUAAUUGCAAUUUAAGCAAUUUCAAUUUCACCCGCGAAAAAAUUGUAAAAUGUGGGACUUCAACAGGAUUUGAACCCAUGGCCUCUGCUUUAGUUUGUCAUAGUAAGAGUGUAACCAAUCAUUAAGUGGUGUUGUGAUGCUGUUUUAGAUGGAGGAGAUGUACAAAAAAGCUCAUGCUGCUAUUCGUGAAAGCCCUGAGGCCAAACCUGCCCCCAAGAAGGAUGUUCAACCCAAGAGGUAAGGGUCUUCCUAAAGAUAAAUAGCAGUAGUCUACAGGGCAGUUUGAGUUAUCAGGUACUGGUAUAUACAAUUAAUAGAUAAUUAAUAGUUAGUUAAUUGAGCAACAAGGAAGUACAGUUUUGUGUAAUGGGUUAUUAUUUUACCCAAAGUAAAUUAGCAAGACUAAAGACACCAUACUCAAGACUCAAGCACAUGUUCAGCAACUUACUAUAUCUUUUUUAGCAAUCCCGGUAUGCUUCGCACGUCACGUCAUCCGUGAUGUAAACAUUACAUUUUGGUUCUAGUAAUUUCAUUUUUUUAUGUUUCCUCAUGAAAGUAGGCGGAGGUCAUGCUUUAGUAGGCAGGGCAAAAUUCCUGGCCUUUUGCCAUUACUGACAGCCUUGAGCCUCUUUUUGGGUUUGAUGCUGCAGCUCUGUUUUCAUUGCAUCAUUAGUCAUGUAGUGUAGUUGUCUGUACCACAUGUUACAUCACUGAGAGACAGUCACAGGGAAUUUUAAGGACAUUACAGGACAAUACAGGGUGUCCCAAAAGUUCGUUCCUCUAUUUUGAUGCACAGUAACUUUUGAUCAAAACUUCAUUUUUACAUGAAAUUUCUAAAAGAUGUUUAUUUGUCUGUUGAGUACAUGUAUUCAGAAUUUCAGUAACUGGCAUGCCCUUUUUGUUUGUAGCUGUUCGGGUGAUCCAUUUUGAGCUUUUUUAUCAAUUGGUGCAUGGGACCCAGUACAACCCCCAAACAAUAUUUGUUUAGUUUAGGCAGCUGAAAAAAAAAAUAUUUUGGGCAUUCAUCCAAAAAAGAUAAUCAUCCCUGCCCCCUUCCACAGCAAGGCUUUUGUUCUUCUUUACAAAUUUGAGACGAGCUGUGCGUUACUUGGCAGACUAAGCAGAGGUUUUUUUGGCCAUCUCAGGCGCCUUUAUUUUAAACAUUCGGUUUUCAUGACCCGUUGUGGACUUGGCUUGCUAACUGUGCGAGAGCUUACUCGUUAAGUCGCCCAUUUUGUACCUAGCCUUCUUUAAAAAUAUUUUAGAUGCUUUAUUCAGGACUUUAAGUCUUCCCCUUCGUUUCUUGCCUUCAAAACCGUCAUUUCUCCAUGAUCAUUUUACCACCCAACAUUUGGAUUUUUCCUAUUUUUUAGCAGUUUCUACAACAGAUAGGCCAGUAAAUCGAAGUAUACGUGCUUAUGCUCUCACGUAGCUGAACGUUUUUGCGUUAAGGGGGUUUAUCUUUCGUGAUAUUUACAUAAAACAAGGAAGGAUUUCGAUCAAUUAGGGCUAUGAAAUACAAAAAAUAUGUGGCUGGAAAAUACACUCGCGCACGCGCACCUUCAGCGCGCAAGUACACAAAUCGAAUAUUCGAGUCAAAAGAUGGCUUAACAAGUAUGAAAAUAGUGAAUUCGGUUAACAGACACAACUUAUGUUUAAAUGAUUUGCUUACCAAGUCCAAUCCAAGUCCAAUUGGGACAUCCUGUACUUACUCACCAGAGAAUAAACAAAUUUAUUUAAACAAAAGACCUUCCUUGUACUAUCCCCGGUUAAGAUUAUUGAUGAUAGCAUUUAACAUGUUAUGUCUUUUUUCAGGUUCAACCGCAAGAAGAUGUCCCUGCAGCAACGCAAGGCUCGUGUUGCUCAGAAGAAGGCGUACUUCCUGAAGCAGCAGGGAGACGAUGAAGCUGAUGAGGAAGAGGAUGACGAAGAAUAAACCAGUGUUUCUCAUAAAUAAAUAACUUGAAAGAAUAGUUUUGUUGAUGUCAUUUUUUCAGCCGCCUGUGAACAGGGCUUCCAGUUAAGGGUAUAAAUUAUGGGGGAGAGCAACAAGUGAUGUGUGCUCAGUUUGGCAGACUUUUACCCUGCGUAG